AUGUGGCCAAAAGUUGAAGAAAAUUGUUUGUGGUAUGUUGGUGAUGGAGCUAGUGUAGACACGUGCGAUGAUCAUUGGAUAGCUCAGGACAUUAAGAUUGUCGAGUUAGCAAGAGUUAUUGAUUUAGUGAAGGAGAAUGGAGAGUGGGAUUGGGACUCGCUCGACAAUCGGCUUCCGGAGGAUAUACUCUAUAGGAUUGCUAGCAUGAUUCCCUAUUCAGCUGAUGCAGGACCAAACGGAAUAGCUGGCAUUGGAAAGGACUGUAAAAAGUUCUCUGUUAGCACCAUGUAUAUCAUGCUUGAUGAUAAGGACACUUCCAUGGAAGAUAAUGUUUGGACUGACAUUUGGAGACUUCAUUCUAACAAACGCAUAUAUGUGAAAGAAGAUACUUUACAUGUCCUCCGAGAUUUCUUCCGUGCUAUGGCUCUCUGGAUGACAGUAGUUCACGCUAACAUGAGUAAAGAAUCUCAUGAAGAUAAUUAUUCUAGACCUUCAAAUAUGGUGUCUCACAUUAAUAAGAUAGUGCAAGAUUAUAAACAAGCGGAAGUAGCGACAUGCACAAAUAUGGAUCACUGUAAGGAGUUGAAAUUAAUCAAGUGGGAAACACCUACAAUGAAGAGAGUGAAGCUGAACAUAAAUGGUGCUAGAGAUAAACAAGGUAAUGCAUUAUGUGGUGGUAUCAUAAGAGGGAAUGAUGGAGAAUGGAUAAGGGGUUUUUCAAAGUACAUUGGGGUUUGUGAUAAUUAUACAUCAGAACUCUGGGAGUCUAUGAAGGAUUGCAACUUGCAACAACGAUGA